AGGAAUUCCAGACACUCGGGUCUCAAUCCCUGCGAGAAAACCGCUAACAAACAAGCCACCGGAACUGAUUUUCGUUCCCUAGCCACUGGUAAAGCGGGGUUUGUGCCAUUUCGGGAGAGCUUGCCGUGUAUAGUGGAUCUACAAUGCUCUUCAAACCGCGCCAAGUGUGACGGCGCCCCCUAGGUAAAUGCUCCUCCAGUCUUCCACAAGAAAAAUGACCGCCUCGGCACUUGAGAGUUCCAUUUCCUUGUGCGCGGCACCCGGCUUUUCGGGCUUUACGGCCUACACGACGGAGCCCGCCUGUCAAGCACGUUGAAAGGUCUCUCCACCGUUGUCAAGCGGCCCUCUAAGAUUAUGAUUGUCCUCUUCAGAGCCUCGCUUUGGCUAGCUUCCGCACAACGCCCUUCUGUCGAUCACUUCUAGUGAUUCGCCACUGCCUGGAUUGGACCAUUUGCGUACUGGGCUAGAUGCGCCCCUGAAGCCUUGAAAAUCUCAAUCAGCAGGUGGCACUUAUAGUUUUCAGGCCGCGCUAAUCAGGAAUGGCUUGCAGCAGCUCAAUUUAUUAAACUGUUCUCUUCCCCACAAACCACGUUCCACCGACCUCAAACCUUCCUUCAUCCUGUCGUACAGAACGUACGAUCGCUGACAGGAUGACGGACGAGGAUCAAAGGGCCCUGGCGGUCCGAACGGUUGCGGCCGUUUUUAUGCCAAUAGCAACGAUAGCUGUCAUGCUGCGCUGCUAUGUAAGAGGAUGGAUUGUGAAAGGCUUCGGUUGGGAUGAUGGCGCAAUGGUGUUCGCGGCUUUAUUCUACAUCAUGUUCUCUGCUUGCAUGAUUGGUGGCACUCUAUACGGCACUGGCCGGAAAUUCAUCCACCUUGAAGCGCACCAGCGAGUGACGGCGAUGAAGUAUUGGUGGCUCUGCGAAGUUGCUUAUUGCUUUUCCUCCAUCGGAUGCAAAAUCUCCAUCAGCGUUUUCCUUAUGCGAAUUACCGUCAAACGAUCACACAUUUGGACUCUCUAUACAGUCAUGAUCCUAACAGUCAUUGCUGGACUAGUGUUCUUCUUCCUCAUGCUCUUACAGUGCAAGCCGCUGUCGUACUUCUGGACUCGAACCGCCCUGGACCCUUUGAUCGAAGGCAACUGCAUCAGUAUCAACAUCAUCAUCAUCAUGACCUAUAUCUACAGCGCAUUUGCCGCGCUUUGCGAUUUCACCGUUGGAAUCUUGCCGAUUUUCCUCGUCUCCAAGCUGCACAUGAAGCGAGAGGCGAAGAUGGCUGUCAUUGGCAUCCUGAGCAUGGCUUGCAUUGCCUCAUCGGCUGUCAUCAUCCGUUUCCCAUUUGUGAAAACAUUUGGCGAUGAAGACUUCCUCUAUGCGACUUACCAAAUUGCCAUCUGGUCUAACAUCGAGGCUGGACUGGGAAUCACCGCCGGUAGUCUCGCCACGCUGCGUCCCUUGCUCCGAAAAUGGCUCGGCUCUCGGAACGACUCUCGAUAUCCUUCUGGGUUUCCCAACUCUGGGCAUCUAGGUGCGAACAGUAACUCGCGCCCGAUGCCACUUGGAUCGAUUGAUGGAUCGAGGCAAAAGGGCCUGAGGCCGGACAAGUUGGCUGUCAUGGUGACGAAUAUCGAAAGUCAGAGGGAUACGGAGUUGACGUGGGGAGGCUCGACCAGUCCCAGCAGCAGUGAAGAAAGACUCACUACUGAACCCCCAAUGCCAGCUUCAAGGAAAAUGGAUAUUGGCAUCCAUCAAACCUUCGAGGUCACACAAACUACAGAUGCGUAUGAUGCAGAGGGCUCUCACCAUCGCAUGGCGAGGGAACAUGUAUAGUCUUUUCUAUACACGAUAUUUUGCAACGAUAUUUCAUGCCCAUCAUAAUACAGAAUAAUUUUUAACCCUCGACUAGCAGCUUCGAUCCAGCAACAAUACGCUAG